CCGGCUGACACCUGCCUUACCAACGCCUCCUUUGGACUUGCAGAAGGUAAAGGCAGUAAAGGUGCAGUGGCGGUACACGGCGCUCUUUAGCAAAACCGUGAGGGCUUGCCGGUCCUUCUCGAAUAUUUGUCAGCGCCAUUGGCUUGACCUAACCGCACGACAAUUAAGUGUCAUGAACCCUAUAACUGAUCCCGAGGUCGAGAAGUUCGGUUCGAGCGACGCCGCAUCUGUCGCCGCGGCCUGCGACGGUCAGAGAGAGCCAAAGCAGUCGGUCGAAGUCGGUCUGCGUUCGCAGAAUGGUUCGCAGACUCAGAAGGACGUAAGCUGCGCACUUGUGGGCGACGCAUUCGCCAUUUGCCAAGCUUUGGGGCUCUCCAGAAGCGAGCUCGUCAGCAUGUCGGUGCGGCAGCUCAACAUCCGCGUACGAACGGCCAACCUCGGCGCCCAACAGACGCGCGCAGUCAAGCACCUGCGGCGUAUGCUCAAAAACCGGGGUUACGCGGCCAUCUGCAGGUAUGCUAGUGCGUGUUAAAGCCCGGCCCACAUGGUGCGAUUUUGCAGUGCGUUUUUCGCAGCUGCGAUUUCCGCAAAUGCGAAAUUCGCACAUGGAUCUACCGCAUCUGCGUUUUCGCUGAGAAGUUCAGCAUGCCGAACAUAGAAAAAUCGCACGCACGAAGGGUCCGCGAAUUCAAAAGUGCGAAUUGCCAGACAAAAUCACACCAUGUGAAACGGGCAUUAUUUGACUCUGUACAGCAUGAAAAACAUUUCUCUCUCUCUCUCUCUCUCUCUUUUUUUUUUUUUUUUUUGCUGCUCAAAAGACAAAGAUGCAGGUGAAAACAAAUACAGACACAGUUUAAAUUUACAGACUAACUUCAGGGUGUAUGCUACAGUAACCAUGAACCAACUAGCUCAGACAAAAACAUUGUUGACUUAUAGACAUGCGGUAAAUUGAGCUACUCGGUCUACAUGUCAUACGGCUGUCACACGGCGCACUUUUGAUCGCGAUUAAGCCCGAUCCAGAUC